UUUGCACCGGGAGAUAGCGCAAAAAAUAAAAUAAAUAGUAAUAAAAGGCAUGUGGAGGUUUUUUCUGUCUUUCCAGAUACAAGAAAAGGCUUGAAAAGCCUCCAAAAAGGCCUAGUCUUGCUCUCUUAAUUCUCUGCCCGCCAUUAAAAUGCCAUAAAUAAAGCCCUUCACCACCCUUCUUCCAUUUCGCAUUCUCUCUCCGUCUCUUCUUGUUGGGAAUCAACUCCCGGUUUUGAGUUCGGUUCUCCGUCACCUCCUACCAAGAUACGGGGUUCCCUCCAUGCUCACAUUCAAUGCUCCUUGACCUAUAGACCUGAUUUUUCUCGACCACGCAUACACUUGAGCACAAAUUCCAGAGGAACUCUGUUCUGGUGAACUUACUGGAAACUGGUUUAUCUGUGUUUCCUGAUUCACCUCAGUCUGUAUCAAGUAUCACUGUUAAACCCACUAAACCUCAUCAAGCGAAAGAGAAGGUAGAGCAGUCAAGAAAGAUGAUCACUCUUAUAGACUUGUACCAUGUUCUUACGGCGGUUGUGCCACUUUACGUGGCUAUGAUCUUAGCUUAUGGCUCCGUGAAAUGGUGGAAAAUCUUCAGCCCUGAUCAGUGCUCCGGCAUCAACCGCUUCGUUGCUCUGUUCGCGGUUCCACUGCUCUCCUUCCACUUCAUCUCCACCAACAACCCGUACGCCAUGAACUUCAGGUUCAUCGCUGCUGACACACUUCAGAAAGUCAUCGUCUUGGUGAUCCUAGCAAUAUGGUCAAGAGUGAGCUCCAGAGGAUCCCUCGAGUGGUCCAUUACCCUUUUUUCUCUGUCGACGCUUCCAAACACACUCGUCAUGGGUAUCCCAUUGUUGAAGGGCAUGUACGGAGAAUUUUCUGGUAGCCUAAUGGUUCAAAUCGUUGUCCUUCAAUGUAUCAUUUGGUACACCUUAAUGCUCUUUCUGUUCGAAUACAGAGGAGCUAGGCUGCUCAUCGUUGAGCAGUUCCCGGACAGAGCUGGCUCGAUUAUUUCCUUCAAAGUUGACUCUGAUAUUCUUUCUCUAGACGGGAAAGAGCCGUUACAGACGGAGGCCGAGGUUGGCGAAGAUGGGAAGCUGCACGUCACCGUUAGAAAAUCCACGAGUUCACGCUCUGAAAUCUUCUCUCGUCGAUCUCAUGGCCCAAAUUCUGGUGUUUCCUUGACUCCUCGUCCCUCAAACUUGACCAAUGUCGAGAUUUUUUCUCUUCAAUCAUCGAGAAACCCAACGCCAAGGGGCUCGAGCUUCAAUCACACGGAUUUUUAUUCCAUGGUUAAUGGAAAGAACGGGAGCGGUGUGAGUCCGAGGCAAUCCAAUUUCGGAAACUUGGGUUGUGACGAGGAGAGCGGGGUAGGUGCGUUCGGUGGUAACCCAUCUCGGGCAAAUGGGGGAUAUUCGCAUGGAAGCGGGUACCCGGCGCCGCCAAAUGCCGGAAUAUUCUCGCCGGUGGCUGGUGCGACUGGAGCAAGGAAGGCGAACGGAGCUGAUGGUGGAAAGGACCUUCACAUGUUCGUCUGGAGUUCAAGUGCUUCACCAGUUUCCGAAGGUGGAAUCCAUGUUUUCAGAGGUGGAGACUAUGGCAACGAGCUCGGAGGGGCAGCUCACCAAAAAGAAUACGACGAAUUUGGGCGCGAUGAGUUUAGCUUCGGGAACAGAACCGUCACGAAUGGGCAUGACAAGGAGGGCCCUGUGCUGUCUAAACUCGGUUCAAGCUCCACGGCAGAGCUGCAUCCAAAGAUUGGAGCUCAAUUAGAAUCUAAAACUUCAGCCAUGCCUCCUGCUAGUGUGAUGACCAGACUCAUUUUAAUUAUGGUUUGGCGAAAACUUAUUAGGAAUCCCAACACUUAUUCCAGCCUUUUUGGUCUCACGUGGUCUCUGAUUUCAUGCAAGUGGAAUGUUGCUAUGCCCGCUAUUGUUGAUGAUUCAAUCAAAAUUUUAUCUAAUGCUGGCCUUGGGAUGGCCAUGUUUAGCCUUGGAUUGUUCAUGGCCUUGCAGCCAAAGAUCAUUGCAUGUGGAAAUUCAGUGGCUACAUUUGCCAUGGCUGUUCGUUUCCUCGCUGGUCCUGCAGUAAUGGCCGCUGCUUCAUUCGCAGUUGGACUAAAAGGAGUUCUUUUCCACAUUGCGAUUGUACAGGCUGCUCUUCCUCAGGGGAUUGUUCCUUUCGUGUUUGCUAAAGAAUACAAUGUUCAUCCUGACAUACUAAGCACAGGGGUUAUAUUUGGGAUGCUAAUUGCUCUUCCAAUUACGCUGGUCUACUACAUUUUGCUGGGGCUUUGAAGCAUGUUGGGGACACAAGAGGAACUCUUGCAGGAAGGCUAAUUGCAGGGGAUUAUUGCAUCGAAAACCUUUUUAGGGUGGGUGGGAUUUUUUUUUUGGGGGCAUCUAACAGCGUAGAAUUUAGAAGUUAGUGGGAAGGAAAGUGAAGUUGGUUCCACUUCCCAGAUCCAGAAGAACUACGAGAGACAGGAGGAACAAUGUGAGGAGAUGCUAAGCCAAGGUAGUUUAGUUUAGGGUGUUGGGUUAUAAAUCUGAUGUUUUUGCCGCUUUUCGUUUCUUGGCUUUUGAAAUCUUGUGAACCCCACUAUUUUUAAUGACGAAAGAAGUGAAGCUUUUCUUUGUA